AUGCCCAUCAUCCCAGGCCUGCUGCGUCGACGCGGCCAGGCCAGCGAGACCGAUCUCAACCGCCGUCACUCGCUGCUUCUCCCCAGCCCGCCAGGAGCUGCUGCGGCGGAUAGCAGGGCGGGGAGACUGAGCGAGCAGCUGCCGCGCAGGGACGCUGGCGCGUCAGAUUCACUCGAGCUGACGCCGCUGUCGUCCGCGCCGGCCAUGGCGUUCACUUCACCGGAGGAGACGCUGCCGCUGCCGGAGGAUAGGCCGGUGUCACCGCCUGUGCAGGAUGCGACGCCCAGGCAGUCGGGCCGCUUCUCGAUGAUGAAGUUUAGGCAUGCGUCUGAUUCGCAGCUGUCUACGAGAGCGAGGCAGCAGGCUGAGGCUGAUGCCGCCCCUCCUAUGCCUAGACCUCCCGAAAUCAUCACAACGGCACCGACAAACACCGCACAGAAGAAAAAGUCGAAGCUCAAGCUUCCUGGUAUAAAACCAUCGGACUCUAAGCCAUCCGCAUUCGACGAACUGAUAAAGGCAUCGAAGAAGGAGAGGAGGAAGGCGCUAUCCGAGGGGAACUCGUCGUCCCGUGUCACCUUCGAUGAACCUGUGCGUCACAGCUCUCAGGUCCCAGGUGCAAUGCCUCCGCCUUAUGGAGAUGAUGCUGGAUCGACGCUUGCAUUGCCAGUCAAUAGGCUGUCUGAAUCUUCGAGAUCUGAUGGUAGCUCUGCAGACAACCAUGUGUAUGCGCAAACGACCACUACGAUACAGACAACACAUACUACGACUACGUUCUUUAGACUACCGCGGCGAAAGAAGCCCCAGCCGCUCUUUCCUUUACCACCGAAGGUAGUUCACCAUGACCAGCCUAAUUCGCCUUCCGUACCUGAUAAGUCUGGCAACAACACUAGUCGAGCCAGCACGGAUUCCGGCGCUGCGCAGACUCUACGUCUCCCGCAAGGCGCCGACGACAACGAGGGUGCCGCUCACACCCACUCUGCUAUUGCUAAGGCGUCUAUGCUGUUUGCAGCCCCUGGGUCACCAUUAAUCCGCCGCGACUCAACUGCCUCCAACAAAUCUUCUCCUACUCGACGCGGUCUCAGGGGCAGGUCCUCCACUCUGACAUCUCUGAGGAACGGGCAGAACGAUGAGCCAUUAGAUACCCCACCUCUUCCGUCCAGCCGCACGUCGACGUCGACUGGCAGGAAGAGCUUCGGAGAUAUAUUCAACUUGACCCAUCGCCUUCGUCCUGAUCCAAUGCCUCACGCUUCAGGACAAGCAAGUCCACUCUCUGCUACUUCGAAAAAUAACUCAAUUCAAAUCACAAGAGAGCCAAUUAUCAUACCCGAGAGACACCAGGAUGAUAGCCCGGCAAAGUAUCUCCUGCGGCUUGAAGAGGCUGUUAGUCGAGGCGCCGUUGCAAGUGUCUUGUCUAAAGGCAGCGAUACGUUCUCACAGCAGGUUCUCCGGAGCUAUAUGCGUGGGUUUGGGUUCUUCGGAGACCCUAUGGAUAUGGCCCUCAGAAAGCUUCUUAUGGAGGUCGAACUGCCCAAGGAGACGCAACAUAUUGACCGAUGCCUGCAAUCAUUUGCACAUCGGUACCACGAGUGUAACCCAGGUAUCUACGCUUCGCCUGAGCAGGCAUACUUUAUUGCCUUUUCGCUUCUGAUCCUUCACACCGAUGUCUUCAACAAGAAUAACAAGAAUAAGAUGCAGAAGCAGGCUUACUGUAAAAACACACAGGGAGAGGGAAUCUUUGACGAAAUAUUGGAGUGUUUCUAUGACAAUAUUUCGUACACGCCCUUCAUCCAUGUGGAGGAUGACCUUGAUAUCAAUGGCGAGCGAAUUGUCCAGCACAUGUCGAAGAAGAAGAGUCUAUUCCCUCGAUCAAGUAUCGAUCCAAUGAAGCGCCCUUCGAAAGAGCCUGUUGAUCCGUACACUCUAAUUAUCGACAGCAAGCUUGACUCGUUACGACCUAAUCUGAAGGAUGUAAUGAACUUGGAGGAGCACUACAGCUACCUUGGAACUGCGCUAUCUCUCAAUCUAGAUGACUUGCAACGAACGUUCUUCAGAACGGGAGUUUUGCAGAUUAUAUCAGCAAGGUCACGUCCUGAUGCCUUCAUGUCCGACAAGACGGCCAUGAACCCCGAGGAGGCACAUCCAGGAAUCGUCGAUAUCAAGAUCACCAAGGUUGGCUUGUUAUGGCGCAAGGACCCAAAGAAGAAGAAGACGAGGUCUCCUUGGCAGGAAUGGGGCGCAAUUCUCACAGGAGCGCAGUUGUACUUCUUCCGCAACACAGCCUGGAUCAAGAGCUUGAUUCAUCAACACGACCAUCACGUCAAGCAAGGCAACGAUGGAAUUCCAGUCACCUUCAAGCCUCCGAUUGAAUCUUUUAAGCCGGAUGCAUUGAUGUCAACGGAUGAUGCUGUCGCCCUGCUCGAUUCUACGUACAAGAAGCACAAGAACGCGUUUCUCUUCGUUCGCCAUGGACGCUUUGAGGAAACAUUCCUGGCGGACAACGAAGAUGAAAUGAAUGACUGGCUCGCGAAGCUGAAUUACGCUGCCGCAUUCCGCACAGCCGGCGUGAGAAUGCGAGGCGUGGUUGGUGGGAAUUAUGAGGGGCAGCGAACUCGUGGGAUUAGGAGGCUCGGUAGUGCGAAUUCUGGACGCUCCGUGCAGACUCCUACUGGCGAGGUUCAGAUUAUCAGCGGGAAGAUUGAUCUCCAGAUGGCUCAAGAUAUCUUGGCCGCAAGGAGAGAGAUUAUGAUGCAGAAGAUGACGGAAGCGGAGGGGAAGCUGGCUGUCGCUACCAAACAAUUAGACGCUCAGCUUCGGAAUGCUCGUCACUUGCUAAUCCUUGCGCCUAUCCAGGCAAAGACGCGGGAACAAGUAGUGUUGGCAGCUGGCCGCAUGUCGGCAAAGCUGAGAUGGGUCCGGAUGGAGAUCUGGAGGCUGAGAUGUCACAGGGAUAUCUUGUCCAUGGACUUGGAUGAGGAAGUGAAGCACGGGGAAGGUGAAAAAGUAGACCCGCUACUUCCUACUGCCAAUCUCUCUGGGGAAUGCUUAGCCAAGCAAAACGACCGUGACAGUCACGCCGGAGUGAGCUCGAGGAACAGCGCUGCCCUCUCUCCCCAGCAAAGCUCGCAGUCUCAGCACCCAACUCCGGUGCCACAAGCUUCACCGAAUGAUUUCGACAUCGACGAUUUCUUCACCAGUCCCUCGGCAGCACAGAGCGCCUCCACUUUCCACAAAGCGCAAGCAUGGGAACUCCCACCUCUGAAAUUCGACGGUCCAAGGAAACAGCUAUCCCCAGGCGCCGGCGCACAGCCAAGAAGCCCCGUCCUCUCCCACACAUCCUCAUACCCCCGGAUGACCCCAACCGCCUCCGCCGAUCCGCAACGCUCCGUCUCCUCCCCCCAAGAAGACGCCGGCGAAAACAUAGCCCUAGAACAAGCAGGUCUCAUCGACGGCACCCUCGCCUCCGACUCCAUCGCCGGAGAACCCCCCACCACCAGCACCUCCGAUUCCACCGAGAAAGAGAAACUCGAACGCGGCAAAAUCCGGCGCAGCAUCCACCGCACCCUCCGAGACGCGCACGUCCCGACCCAACACCGCAGUCGCAAGGGCAAGGACUCGUCCUCCUCCGGGACGAAGGAGGGAGAGGAGGUGGCGAGGGAUGAUCACCUCGCCAGGGGAACGGGGAGUUUUGUCAUUCAUGGGAAGAAGGCUAGUGUUAUUACGUUUGGGGAUGCGUUGGCGAAUAUGUCUGCGGAGGAGAGGAUGAGGUUGAAGAAGCAGGCGCAGGCGCAGGCGCAGGAGAGGGGAACGAGCGAGUCGCCUGCGCCGAAGGAGUUUGGGAGGGAGGCGUCGCUGCGUGGUGGUGACCACCGUGGUGGUGUAGAUCACCGCGGCUCGGAGGCGAGUACGAAUACCGUCGCGGCACGCAGCUUUAGGGAAUUGCAUAAUCGCCUCUCGGCCCAUGCGGCGACGUUGGAGGAGGGGGGUGCGGGGAGUGAUAGCGAUGCGGAUGCUGAUGCUGAUGCGGCUAUGAGUAUGGUGUCUGGGGAGGAGGAGGGGGUGAGGACGCCGUUGCCGGUGGUGGAGGAUGUGGAUGAAGAUGAGGAGGGGGGGAGGUUUAAGCAGGCUGCGUUUUAUACGCCGGAGGUGCCGGGGACGCCUGCUAAGGAGGGUAUGACGCCUGUUAAGGGGAAGGGGGGGGAGUAGAGUUGGGUGGGACUUGACGACUGAAACAUUUUUCUUUGAUGUAUUUUUUGGGCUGUUUUUUGGGGGGGAGCAAGACGCAGUUUUAGCGUUCAGCGAGGCGGGGGCAAUGGAUGCCCUGCUGAUACGACGACCCUUUUCAGGGAUUCCUUUUGAGUUAACUGGUAUAUUUGUGGGGUAGGCUGGCGCAUUGGGGGGGUUGUGUUCCGAUUUUGAGGGAAUUGGUGGGGGAAAUGUAGCGGGCCGAGGAGUAUAUGGACUGGGGAUGGGUGUAGAGUGGCGGAGGGGGUACUUAUAGAUGUCGGCAUGGGGUAGAUGAGUUGCCAUGAGCGGGAUAGGGGAAGGACGAUGGAUUUGGCACGAUAUUUAGUGUAGCUACACACAGGAGGAGAUGGCGGGAAUAGAAGAGAUUCCCUCUUGCAAAACUU